GGCGGAAAAGAUGGCGUCGGGGCGUGCGGUGCCGAGCGACUUGCUCCCGCUGGUGCUCGGCUUCUUGCGGGAGAACCAUUUCGAUAAGGCGGCGCGGGCUUUUGGGAAAGCGGCUGGAGUGACUGAGCAAGAUCCAAAUGCUGAUUCUCUCCUUGAUAUCUUCAAUUAUUGGCUAAAAUCACCUAUUGCCAAAAAACAGCGAACAUUGACAAAUGAGUCUCCUGCAAAGAAGACAAAGAAAGAAUCAUUAUCUAGAUACAAAAAUUCCAGUGAAAAUAAAAUUCCUCCAGUCAAAAAACAAGCUGCAAAACCAGUGACUAAGCACCCAGUAUCAGUAAAGGCAACUCCAGGCAACUCUGAAAGCAGUAGUACUGACAGCAGCGAUUCCACAGACUCUGAGCAAGAAAAGAAGAAUCAAGCAAAGAAGGGAAAAGUUCUCCAAUCAGCCGUCCAAAAAACAAAGCCCCAGAAGACAUCUAAGAGUUCGGAUUCAAGCAGCUCAGAAGAUGAAACUCCAAAGCAACAACUACCAAAAUCAGAAAGAGCCCCAAAAGUCACAAAACUGGCUUCUACAACAGCAAAACCUACCAAGGCGAUGUCCAAAACUACCAAUGGCAAAGCAGAGAGUAGCAGCAGCAGCAGCAGUGAUGAGACGAGUAGCGAGGAUUCCAGUUCUGAAGAGAAUCAGCCUGUCAAA